UUUUUUACUUUAGGAGGAGUCACUAAAGUGCCUAUCUCUUGCAACUUUGCAAGCAUGAAUGCCAGCCCCUCAUUAAUGCACUUAAGCACGUACGCGCAGAAUUUAGAGUCCGGUGCGAAGGUGCGCUACGUCGAGAAAGUGGAGCUUUGCGGUGGCGUCGAUCCACUUAUGCUUACUGGCAAAGAGGCGUCAUUUGAUCUCGCGCUCGUACCCAAGGUAGAACUUUCUGAUAUUAAGGACUACCUUGUGCACGCUACAAGCUUCAUAACUCACGAACAGCUGAAAGCAAGAAAAUCCCUGGAGUCGCACAACUAUUUGACCAGCGGCUUUGUUCAAGAACCCCAGCUGAGAAGACACGGCGAGCACGUCAUUGUGCGCACGAAGGUAAACCACUCCCAGGCAAUUUCCACUCAGCCACUCGAGCCAUGGCUUCUUGUCAAGCAGGAUGGAAUGGUCAAAGCUGCACACUGCACGUGUAUGGCGGGUCUCGGCGAAGCCUGCUCACACAUUGGUCUGUAAAGAUGUGGAAGCGGCAACGAGAGGUCAGUCGGCCUCACCAACGUGGUUCGCCUUCAGAGCAGGCCGGGUCACAGCAUCGACAGCCCACGCAGCUUGCCGAACGACCUUGACUCAGCCAUCUGUGAGCCUGGUUAAGAAGAUCUGCUACCCGGAGGAGAGCAAGUUUUCUUCUGCUGCAACUAAUUGGGGUCUGCGCAAGGAGGACACUGCCAGGAACCAAUACGUUGCUGAAGCAUCCAGCCAGCACAAAGAGUUUGUUUGCAACAAGUCUGGAUUGCAUAUUAGUUCACAUGAGCCCCACAUGGCAGCAAGCCCAGAUGGCCUGAUUUCUUGUGCCUGCUGCCAAGAUGGCGUUUUAGAAAUUAAGUGCCCAUAUUCAGCUGCUUGUGUAAAGGACGUUGUGACCCAGAAAAGUGGCUGCUUAGAAGUUGCUGCUAGUGAUAAUACACUAAAGCUGAAACGACAACAUGCUUACUACACGCAAAUACAAAUGCAGCUUUUUGUUUGCCAGCGCAGCUAUUGCGACUUUUUUGUGUGGACACCAGCAGAUAGCCAUCUUGAAAGAAUCUUCCUGGAUGCCGAAUUUUGUCAAGGGGUCGUGAACAGGAGUAGGGAUUUUUUCAAGAUAGUCCUGUUGCCAGAGUUGUUAUUUAAGACCUGGACAACAUCUUCAGAGAACAAAAAUGGGCCUGAAGACUCUUCUGAUGACGGAGCACUGCAUUUCUGUUAUUGCGGUGGUCCAGAGUCUGGAGACAUGGUAGAAUGCAGUGGCCCAGACUGUGAGGGUAAAUGGUUUCACUUUCAGUGUGCCAACUUGAAGCGCCCUGCGAAAGCGAAGGCUUGGUUCUGCAAGGGUUGCAAACCCCGAAAGUGAUAAAUAUGCAUAUUUGUAGUCCUGUUAUAGGUAAUGUAAGUGCACACAUGAAAGGACCUAGUGAACUUGUUCUGUGAAAUUAGCCUUACAAAAUAUUGCUGCAUACAAGGGGAAACUGAACAGAGUCAUCAAACUGUUCACCUUAUCACUGAAUUUUACAUAGCGAAGUACAUUAUGAAGGAGCAGUCUAAUAAAUGUGGAAUCUUUGGAUGACA